CUGAUUCAAAACUGGAAGUGACUUCCCAGAAUACCAAAGCUUUUGCUUUUAAAACCGCCCGGAACGGGGAGAGGGUGCUGGGUGGGUGCUCAGCAGAUCCGGCAGAAACACGCCGGUCACAGGUGUCCUACACCACCAGGGCAGAAGGAUAAGUCAGCCGAGUCACCGCACAGACCAAACGCCGAUCAGGACACGCAAGGACUCCCUGGGCGCGGCGUGGCAACCAGAGCGUGAUCAUGGCAGCCAAGGCUUUUAGCGCCUCUGAAGGAGGCCUUCUGCCUUCAUCAGCGGCUUUAGUCCUUACUUGCUUGAAUGAUUCUGAUAAGCUAAGUAGAUCCUACCCCUGGGGCAACAAGAGGAGGAAAAGUCGUCUCUCUGGACUCUGUCGGCUUAGAGCAUCUCUGUCUGGGGAGAAAUGGAGCUCUUACUGUUUGUCUUCACUGACAGCUCGUAACAUUUGUUCCAGCAAAACUGGUAACUCAUGGGCUCAGUGGGAUUCCACCUCUCUCUCUGCUUCCAUUGGAAGUUCUGCUUCUUGCUCCUUUUUGCAUGUCCCUGCUCUGGAGGAAUCCAGCCAGCACCUCCCAGCUGCUGCACGCAACCCAAACAAAACCAUCUUCACCGUGGACAGCAGCACAACAGAGAUCUUAGUGGCUAAUGAUCGAGCCUGCAAGCUGCUUGGGUGCAGUAGUCAGGAACUCAUUGGUCAAAAGCUGUCCCACUUGAUAUCCAAACCCAGUCAAGAGGUGGGAGAAGCUGUGGGUGAGGAGUACCUAGAAACUUAUGAAUGGUCAUCGGUGGUUUCAGGAACUGUGAUGGAUGUUACAGGCCGCCUCAACGAGAAGAUCCCUGUCUCGGUCUGGCAGAGGCAAAUAAGAAGCAAGGACACCCAGCGCUGUGUGGUUGUGCUGGAACCAGUGGAAAGACUUUCAGCUUCUGUUUCCUUCAGGGUUGACGGAGAGAUUACAUCAUGUGACCUCCUUUUUGCCCAUCUCCAUGGCUACCCAACAUUGGAAGAAGUAGUUGGGCUCCACAUAAAGGACCUGAUUCCUUCUGUGCAGAUCCCUCCUCUAGGCAAAAAAAUCCCAAAGAACCUCAGGACCCAGCGAGCUGCAGGCCGAUCCAGAGAGGGUAACGUGUUUCCUCUCAGUUUAAAGCUGCAAGCCAGCCUUCUGGAGGAGGACCAAGCAAGGGUGCAGAAGGAUGGGAUUCUGCAGACAGAAGGCUCUCUCCCAGGCUAUCAGUACUCUGCUACAGUUGUGGUUUUUUCCACCAUCAGUGGUCUUAUUACUGUCCAGUCAGAUGGAAUCAUCUGUGGCAUCAACGAUAGUUUUGCUUUAAUGCUCUUUGGUUAUGAGAAGAAAGAACUGUUGGGAAAGAACAUUACAUUCCUGAUUCCCGGUUUCUAUAACAACAUGGAGAGAAGCAGUGAGUGUUCUUUGCCUUUCCCUCCUCUGGAUGACUCCACGGGGACAGAGGACAGCAGCUCCUUGGCUGCAUCUUUAGCACACCUUCUGUCACGAGAUGAAGAGCAGAAAUUGGAACAAAGACACAAAGAUGACAAAUUAAUACACGAUGAGAAUAAACAAAAGAACGGGACCAGUUUCUUCUCUCCUCCCUCACCUCCUGGAGUGGCAUCCACCCCCACUAAUAGUUCUAGGCUAGAAGACAUUCUAAACACCUCAUCCUAUGGCCCAGUGAAGCUGCCUUCUGUUGUUACCUGUAACUCACCUGGAACACCAACAAUGGAUGAGCCAUGGCCAGGGACAGCACUGGACUGCAGGCAAGACUUUCAAAGCCACGUGGUCACAGGUCAGGCAUCAAAAACAAACUCGAGGUGUGAUGCAGAGCAUUCCAGCCUUGAGCACCUUGUUGUUGAAAACUGCCUGCUAAAUGAUGCUCCAGCCUUCUUUGCACAUGAAAGAAAUACUGUCUAUGAUGUUUGUUCAGCAAAUAAAGUGGGUCACAGUGCUUCUGCACCAGGAGUUGCCACAACCUCUGAAGAUGUUAAAGAAUCAGACACUGAACUGAACUGUAUUUGCUCCGGUCUUGAGGUACUGGGUCUGAAUGCUUGUGUCAAGGGGAACUCAGACAAUUCUUUAGGUGUUACUGCAGCUCUUGUAGGAGCAUGCUCGUCUGAUGCAGUAGACUCCAAUAUGCUGACUGAGACAAACAGCGCUUUUUCCGCUGGCCAAGGAAAGCAGCUGCUGAGUGGUGUUGCCACAGAAGCUGGUUCUGGGUGGCUGGCCUUCCAGGGGCAUUUACAAAACCCUGAACAAUCCUCCAAAGCAUUUCCCGAGACCGCCGAAACUCUUGCAGAAACUGGGGGGCACGACGCCGGCAGAAAUCCCCAGAAAGGCAAAGGGGGGCCUGAAGAACUCGGUCAGCUGCAGGGGCAGCAAAAUAUGGAGAGGAAAGUAACAUCAACCCCGGUGAAACGAGAAGGAAGGCUGAAUCCAGCAGCUCCUUUGAUCUGGGAGAUCCUGGAAGGCAGCUACACUGGGAAUUGCUGUCACAGAGACGGUUCACAGUUCAGUAUACUCUUUGAGGUGAAAUGUGCAGAACUGCAGGACCCCACUGUACUUUUCUGUGUCUGGGUGGUGAAAGACCUUUCACAGAGCCAGAAGGAAGCUGUAGCAAAGACUCAGCUUUUGCUCUCCAGCCUAGCAAGCUCUGCCCAGUCUGUUGCUGAUCUUUCUACAAACAGUCUUGGAGAAGCCAUCAGAUCAACUUCACUUUUCAAUAAUUCCCGAAGAGCUGAAGAGCUCGAAGGAUUAAGAGCAUGUGAGGGAGAAUACACAAAAAAUUACAGCACUCUCAGUCUUAUUGGCAAAGGCGCUUUUGGCUUUGUCUGGACUGCCAGGAGCAAGAAGGAUCAUCAGGAGGUUGUCGUGAAGUUCAUCUGGAAGGAGAGGGUGCUGGAGGACUGCUGGGUAGAUGAUCCUGAGCUGGGGAGAGUCACUCAAGAAAUUGCAAUCCUGCUGAAGCUGCAGCACCCCAGUAUCAUUAAGGUGCUGGAUGUAUUUGAAAAUGAAUACUUUUUCCAGCUGGUGAUGGAGAAGCAUGGCUCGGGUCUGGAUCUCUUCACAUUCAUUGAUAAUCAGCCCAACUUGGAUGAGCCAUUAGCGAGUUAUAUAUUCAGACAGCUUGUCUCAGCUGUUGGGUAUCUCCACUGUAGGAACAUCCUUCACAGAGAUAUCAAGGAUGAAAACAUUGUCAUUGCUGAAGAUUUCACAAUUAAAUUAGUGGACUUUGGUUCAGCUGCCUACCUGGAACCUGGGAAAUUGUUUUAUACCUUCUGUGGGACAAUUGAAUACUGCUCACCAGAAGUGCUGUCUGGCAAACCGUACCAUGGCCCCGAGCUGGAGAUGUGGUCGCUUGGCAUCACCCUUUACACCUUGGUGCUCGGGGAGAAUCCCUUCUGUGAGCUGGAGGAGACCCUGGCAGCUGUCCUGAAUCCUCCUCGCCCUGUGUCAGAUGGUCUCAUGGAUCUCAUGGCUGGGCUUCUGCACCCCAUUCCAGAGGAGCGCACGACUCUAGCUGUGCUAGCUGAGGAUCCUUGGCUGCGGCAACCCGUGAACCUGGCUGAUUACACCUGGGAAGAGGUGUACAUCUCUGCUGAGCCAGGUGAGACCGCCUCCUGAAGGCUUCUUCAUCCAGCAAUGAUUUAUAGAAGUCUGAACUGUGUUAGCAGGGUAGUUCCCAACCGAAGGUCGCCUGCUGAUACCCAUGUGUGCCCAGUUUAUUAGUGUUCUUACCCAGGACAUGCUUCAAAGCUGUAGGGCCAAGAUUUUAAUGUUGUUCAAAUUGUCCAUAACUGAGAAUAUAUAUUUAUUGUCUGCUUUUACUUUUUAUAUGUAGUUUUUGUAUCUUUCUAAAAAGUGAAGGAAUAAAUUAGUGAUAAUACCUCUGGGUGUUUUCUGGAGUUUGUGUGCGCAAAGGAGCCUUAAAAACAGACAUGUAAUCAUGAUUUGGGGGCAGGGGGCUGGGGUGGUGAUGUCUUUUUUUUAUGUCAGAGUCCUCUCUAUAUCCGGGAAAGUAGUCCUUGAUUUUGAUGAGACAGAGAUGUUGGAAAGAAAAAAUAGAUUCAACGGAGAGAAUUCGAUUGAGACACAGGUAACAGGAACAUUUUGGGAUGCAGCUCAGGGUUAGGCUGCUUGGGAGGAAGUGCUGGGAGAGGCAGCAGUUCUGCCUGGCUGCAGCUGCUGUCUGACAACAGGAUUCAGUUUAAAGCCAGGUAAAUUACUAGAGAUUAGCUCUGAGU